AUGGACUUGUGCAGCUUGACGCGCGCCUCUCUGCUGGAGCACGUGGUGAGCUUCUUGGUGCCGGAUGAGUGGCGAGCAGGAUCCUCUUUGGCUCGGAUUUGCUUGAACCGGAUGGUGGCCCGGAUGGUGGAGAAGCCGGCCUACAACCACGAGUGCAUGGUGAUCAGCCGCAGUGCCCUGUCCCUGCUGUCCGCGUCUCGGAUCUGUGCGGUGCAGCUCGCGGAGCUCCGAGCCAGGAUCAACAAUUUCCAGCUGGAUCUCCACUUGUCCUUCAUUGGCGGCUGCCUGGAUCAGCUGGCGCACAGCGGCGCCGAACAUGCUGAGCUGCGAGCCUUGGCGAUCACGGUCGACAGGUUCAUGAUGGUGAGGGCGUCCUUUGGCCGUCAGCAUGCUCUGGAGCAGUCCAUGCUCCGGGUUUGGACGAGGAGGCGCGGUUCGAGAGUCCUGAACGAUGAUCAGCUCAUUUCAGCUGCGGGGCUGGAGCUGCUGACAAUGGAGCCUUUGGAGGUAGCUGUCGAGGAGGUCGUGGUGGACGGUGAGACCCGGUUCAGCGAGCUCCGCGCCCGCGUUCAGAUAGACAGCUCCUUGCCGGGCGCCAGUGAAAAAGAGACCCAGGUAUUUUGGCGGAUGAAGCGCGCCGCCGCGUUGUUCUUCGAGGAGCUCGCGCCGCAGAAGCGCCGCCUUCGCGCUGCGGGGGGGUUCGGGGCGCUGCCCCAGGGGGUGCUGGAAGAAAUCGUGGGCUACCUUUUGCCGGCCGAGUGGCUCGACGGUCGGGACCGGUUUGUGCAGCAGCGGCGCAUGGCCGGACGCAUGUUCGAAAACCUCGCCCACAACCACGAGGCGGCGCCUCUCGCGCGCGACGCGCUCGCCCUUCUCGGCAGCUGCCGGCUGCUCCGGUUCGACCGGCUCUACGCAAACGUCUACGUCUUUCAGGUCAUGCUCCAGCGAGUCUUCGUCGAGCACUGCCUCGAGCACCUCUUCCGGAACCGCUGCGCCCAGCACGAGCUCCGGAGCCUGCAAAUCACCCUGGAGAGAAUGGCCCCGGCCGCGGCCCGACGCCACGCCCUCGAGCAGGCGCUCCUGCGCCCCGCCGUCCGGGCCUCGACCUCCCGGCACCGAUGCAACCACCACGUCGCGCGGGGCGCCGGCCUGAACCGGGUCAGUCGCCAGCCCCUGCCGGGGAAGCUGGAGGACGUCGAGGUGGAGGACGGCGAGGUCCGCCGCCUCUUGGUGUAG